AUGGGGGAUGCAAGCACCGAGCUUGCCCUCCGUGGCUACCGGAAAAUGGGAGGAGCCUCAGCCAACGCGUUGCAGAUUCUUAGACACACAUUUCCACAUGUGGACAAAUCUUUGGUUUUCAACAUUUGGAUGUCUUCAAGUCAGGACAAGGCAAAAGCAGAGUCACGCUUGAUUCAACUUGGAUAUCGUCCUGUGGGUAAUCGUCCUGGGUCUGGAAGUAAGAGUCCUUACCACACAUCUUCCAACACAUCCCCACAUAGGUACCAGCAGAAGGGGCACAGCAGUGGCUCAAGGGAAAGCUCUCCACUCAACCAUGCUAACAGAAACAACAUCUCCAAUUUGUCUCCACACCACACUGGAUCACCAAGUCGGUCUCCUAGGCAACUCUCCCCAAAGCGUUCAUACUCACCCAAUAAAUCGUCCCCUCCAAAAAGAAGUCCAUCUCCAUCUGCUUACCCGGCAGGACCAAGUGAAGCAGAAAAAGAAAGAUUGUAUGAAAAAUUUGUUGCUCAGUUUCCCAAUCAGCCUACCGCAGUUAUUGCAGCUGCUCUGGAAGUUUGUUGUUACAAUGAAAUGCAAACAUUAGCCGUGCUUCAGGCUUCUGGGGAUACUGAUGACAGGCCUCAACCCAAACCAGCUACCCCACCAGCUCCAGUCCGCCAACAAGAUGCCAAACGAUCCCAUCCAAAGACAGACAAUAAACCAGUGUCUUAUGAUCCAGUAGCACUGAGUGACCGCAGUGAUAAAUCCCCUUCUUCUAGCGCCUCUAGUGUGCGGGAUAUGUCUUCUUGCAAGUCUCCAGAGGAUGAAGAUAGCCCUGAAAGGAUAUCCAACAUGCCCUCAGUAAUACAUGAUUCCCCUACCAAGCAUCCAGCCUCUCAAGCCAGAGCAAAACAAGUUACAAGCUCUCUGUAUGAAGUUGUUUGA